ACUAGAUUUUAUCGACUCAUUCAAUCGGGCAUUCUGUAAAUAAUAAUCGAUACAUAAUGUACAUGUCUAUUGUGGUGUGACAAUCAAAACAACAUUCAAUCCUUGCACGUGCGGUUAGAUUAUAUUUUUUACGUUUCAUUUCUUAAUAUACGCAUAUUAAAUCAACAUGCCGGAGGAUGAUGGCAUGGACAAGAAGAAAUCUCAUCGCGCGCGACAAGCUGGCGUGAAAGCAGAGAAGAAAAAGCUCAAGACUAAAAAAGAGGCAGGAGGCAAAGAUCCCACAUUGAGUGCACGACAAAGGAAUCCAAAAGCAUUCGCUAUCAAUUCUGCCCAACGAGCUGAGCGCAAUUUUCGACGUAAAGAGGAUUUGACGGCUAAAAAGCAACAUAUACCUGUUGUCGACCAGACUCCCGAUGAACCACCGCCGGUACUCAUAGCAGUGGUAGGUCCACCAAAAGUGGGCAAAACCACAUUGAUAAACAAUUUGAUUAAAAAUUUUACACGAACUAAUGUCACUGAUAUCAAAGGUCCCAUCACAAUAGUGACAUCGAAAAAGCGGCGUAUUACACUCUUGGAAUGUAACAACGAUAUCAAUUCAAUGAUUGACGUUGCCAAAUGUGCAGAUCUAGUAUUACUACUUUGUGAUGCUAGUUACGGAUUUGAAAUGGAAAUUUUUGAAUUCCUAAAUAUUUGUCAAGUCCAUGGUAUGCCAAAAAUUAUGGGUGUUCUAACUCAUUUAGAUAUGAUUAAAAAUCCUAAGCAAUUGAGGAAACGUAAAAAAGAACUCAAACAUCGUUUUUGGACAGAAGUAUAUGAUGGAGCAAAAUUGUUCUAUCUCUCAGGUUUGCUACAUGGUGAAUACCUGCGCAAUGAAGUUAAGAAUUUAGGUCGAUUCAUUUCGGUAAUGAAAUUCCGACCACUAUCUUGGCGUGGUGCACAUAGUUAUCUACUUGUAGACCGAGUUGAAGAUGUGACCAAUACUGACACAAUACGACGUAAUCCCAAGUGUGAUAGAGAGAUUGUACUAUAUGGUUAUGUACGUGGUGUUCCUAUGAAACAAGAACAUUCGGUGCAUAUAGCCGGUUUAGGCGAUGCAAGAAUUGAAGAACUAAGUGCUAUACCCGAUCCUUGUCCGUUACCGGGCACUGAGAAAAAACGAAGCUUGUUGGAAAAAGAAAGACUAUUGUAUGCGCCUAUGUCAGGAGUUGGUGGCAUCGUUUACGAUAAAGAUGCGGUAUAUAUAGAACUGCAAGGCUCUCAUAGCCACAAAGAAAAAACUGCCGAAGCUGCUGAGCAAGAACAGCUAGUUGAAAAGCUUAUCGAUAAAAAACAAACUGUUGAUGUACAAAUCGAAGAACAGGAAUUUAAACUUUUCUCUGACGGCGCGGCUAUUAAAUCAAAAGACUAUAAGGAAGACAGCGACGAAGAUGAUGAUGAAGAUGACAUUGAAGAGGAUGAUUCCGGUGUAGACGAUGAGAACGAAGCUAGCGACAAUAGCGGCGAUGAGUUUGCUGAUGACGAUUGGCGUGGAGAAAAUAGCGAAGAAGAGCAGGAAGACAGCGAUAAUAAUUCGUCUGAAGAUGAGGAGUAUCAAAACGUCGAUGAACUUAAAUCAAGAGGCGAUGAUAGCGAUAACGACGAUGUUGAUAAACUAGAGCAGGACUCAGAUAGUGAAGAGGAAGAGGCAAAAAUACUUGCCAACAGUAUGAGUUGGAAGGAAAAUUUAGCGCAAAAAGCACGAGAUUCGUUUUUACAACGGCAUUCAGAGGCAAAAAAUGUGAUGAGGCUAGUAUAUGGCUGCUAUACACAAAGCGAGAGCAAGAAUAACAAAUAUGCCGAGGAAGACAAAAAAGAUUCGGACUCGGAAGAGGAAUUAGGUGGACUUUUUAAGGUUGCAGCGAAAAAGCAAACCGACAUACAAAAGGACAAAGAUAUAAGAGACAAAAUGGAACAGUGUUUCUUCGAAGACUUCUCCCGUACAACGCGUAAUUGGUUGGAUGAAGAGAAUAAGUCGCUAUUAAAAAAUUGCUUUGUGACCGGCAAAUGGAAAGCGUCCGAAGAUGCUGAAACAUUGCUGCGUUUAGACGACCUAAGUGAUGCAGAAAGUGAAGUAUAUGGUGAUUUUGAAGAUCUGGAAACUGGCGAAAAACAUAGCGGCAAUGAUAAUGCACAAGGAGCGGAUGGCACAGAAACUGCGAUGGAGAAUGGGGACGGUAGUAAGCAAGAUGAAAAUACACGCAAACGGCGUAUGACUAGAGUAGAAGAAGAAAAUCUAACAAAAGCAGAACUUAUGGCCAAAAAAUUAAAACUCAAAGCGAAAUUCGAUGCGGAAUAUGAUAAUAAAGAUGGCUCAAAAGAAGAUGAGGGUCGAAUCAAAGGCGAUCAUGAAUAUUAUGAAAGUCUUAAAGCGGAUGCGCAAAAGCAAUCCGAAUUGAAUAAAAGCGAAUUUGCAAAUCUUGACCCCGAAUUACGACUACAAAUAGAAGGCUAUCGCCCUGGACUUUAUGUACGUCUGGGCUUUCGCGCUAUACCUGCUGAAUUUAUAGAGAACUUCGAUGCGAAUUAUCCUGUAUUAGUAGGUGGUCUGAAUAUGACUGAGGAAAAUAUCGGUUAUGUUAAUUGUAAAGUUAAGAAACACCGUUGGUAUAAAAAGAUACUGAAGACUGGUGAUCCUUUGAUUAUUUCCCUUGGUUGGCGCCGCUUUCAAACUGUACCCAUUUAUGCAAAGAUAGAGGAUAACUUCAGACACCGCUAUCUAAAGUAUACACCUAAUCAUGUAACAUGCAGCAUGACUUUCUGGGGUCCAAUCACGCCACAAAAUACUGGUUUCUUGGCAUUGCAAACCGUGCGUCAUGACUUAGAUGAAAUGAAGAGACUCGGUUUCCGUAUUGCGGCGACAGGUAGUGUCAGCGAACUGGAUAAGUCAGCGCAGAUUAUGAAAAAAUUGAAAUUAGUCGGUCAACCAUUCAAAAUAUAUAAAAAGUCCGCAUUCAUUAAAGGCAUGUUUACCACCACACUUGAGGUUGCGAAAUUUGAGGGCGCCAAAAUUAAAACUGUCUCUGGUAUACGUGGUCAAAUUAAGAAGGCUCAUCACGACCCCGACGGCUCAUUCCGUGCUACGUUUGAAGAUAAAAUUCUUUUGAGUGACAUUGUUUUCUGUAGAACAUGGUUCCGCGUUGAAGUUCCCCGUUUCUAUGCACCCGUCUCAUCGUUGUUGCUACCAGCAGAUCAGAAAUCACAAUGGCAAGGCAUGAAGACUCUGGGCCAAUUGAAGCGUGAACGAAAUAUUCGCAAUGAAGCACAGCCCGAUAGUCAGUAUACGAAUAUUAAACGUGAACCGAAAAUAUUUAAGCCGCUUAAGAUACCCAAAGCUCUACAGCGGGCGCUACCAUACAAGGAUAAACCGAAAUUGCGUGCCCUAGCGGAUAAGAAGAAAGAGGAGUUGGAACGUAUAGCGGUUAUACGUUCACCACAUGAACAAAAGGUGGCCAAGAUGAUGAAAAUGAUUGCAACGAACUUUAAAGAGAAGAGAAAUCGUGAUAAGAUAGAGACAAAACUGCGACUCAAGCAAUUCCGUGCUGAAAAACGUGUUGAGGAAGCGCGUAAGAUGAAACGCCAGAAGGAGGUACGCAAAAAAGUAUCGCGUGCUAUAAGUAAAAUGCGUAAGAACCAGGAACCCUAAUGUAGAUACAUACACACUGCGCUGUUAUAGAUACAUACCGAUUAUGUAUAGGAACUUGUAUGUAAUUUACUUUACACAUAGUAUAAUGACAAAUAAAUAAAAUAAAACACAAUUUUACA